AUGCCUGUUCGGCGGGGACACGUGGCUCCUCAGAAGACUUUUCUGGAUACAAUCAUCAGAAAAUUCGAAGGACAGAGUAAGAUUUUUCUUAUUCAAUAGUGUACGAUUUUUCCUAUUCAAUAUUGAGUCAGCAUUUUGGGGAACCAAUGUUUAGGAAUCCCUUUGGUUAGGGGUUUGGAAUAAAAUCAAAACAGCCUCUUCCUAUUUUCAAAGGCUUCUUUUGGCAAAAAAAUGAAAAAUGUCCCUAUUGAAAUUAGAAUAUUAGCCUAUUAUUGAAAUCUGCAUGUGUUGAGUUAAUAGGUUUAAUUAGAUAUAUGCUCUUGCACUGUAAGCUAUUGUGAUUCUCUUGUUUUAAAAAAGUAUAGUACUGCAAACGUAUUAACCAUGAUAUGAUUUAUGUCGGAUUUGCCACCUUACUUUAAUUAUGUUUCCCUUCUUGGUAUAUUAGAAUGUUAGGGUACACAUAAUGAUAAAAUCAGAUUUAGGCCUAUGGGCUACAUUUCUACAUGACAGACAUACUGGGAGAGUAAUAUUUCAAGGAGAUAAAUAUAGGGCAGCAGUGUCUGUCAGAGCAUACAUUUGGCUCAAAUCCAAACAGGAUCAGAAGUUAGUUUCUAAGCAGGAUAGGAGGGAGUAAAACAGCUAUAUUUCAAAAACUGACAUGCAUCAAUGAAUGUUUCCUUCUUGGGACAUAUUUUGAUACCAAAACUUUUCUAAGGCUCUAAACAGUUAACAGUUUUGAUGUAAACAGCAAGCUUAGUAGUUGAAGUUGAAAACAGACUUGCACCUUACAGAUGCUCCCAUCUUAGUUCUCUUGCAGGUUUUAAUACAUGACUUGGUUAUAUGCCUUGGUGCAGAUCACUGAUAUGGCAUGUGUGGUCAAGUAAAAUAACCAUCUUAAAUUGUACUGUGGUAAACUGUAUUAUAUGCGAUGACAAAAUCCAAGGACUCUUUAGAUUAGAAUAAUUUUGAUAUAUUAUUCCCUCCCUCCUCAGAUCGCAAGUUCAUCAUCGCCAAUGCUCGCGUGGAAAACUGUGCCAUCAUCUUCUGCAAUGACGCCUUCUGUGGCAUGUGCGGGUACACACGUGCUGAGGUCAUGCAGAAGCCGUGUACCUGCAGCUUCCUGUAUGGGCCGCACACCAAGAGGCCCGCCGUGGCCCAGAUGGCCAAGGCUCUGCUGGGCUCCGAGGAGAGGAAGGUGGAUAUCUCCCUCUAA